UAGUGAAAUCUGUCGCAAGAGACGUGACAUCGUGAUACUAUACUGUUUAUACGUUUUAAAACGGACAUCAUUGUGUAUUACAGUAGUGUAUUUUGUAUACAUGAAACUUAAUUAAAUUUGUAAAUUUUGUUCGACAAAAUAAUUUUCAUUUGCAUUUCACAUUUUUAUUACACAAUUAAUAAUGGCAUUAUAUAAUCAUUCAGACGAUUAACAAGUAAAACUACACAAAAACUUAAUUAUAUCUCGAAUAUAUAAUUAAAAACGAAGAGAGAAUGUAAAACUUGUGAAUUUAUUAUUUUCGUGUUUAAUUAUAUUGACUGUUAUAGUUAACCGAAGAAGAAAUUUCGUAAUUAUUUCGCGACAGUAAAUCAUACAGUAUGCGGUGAAACAUUUUGAUCAUUUAAUAUCCGUAUUAUAUUACAAUAAGAAGUUACACAAAAAAGAGGGAGAAAGCAUUUACGCUUUCCCUUUUUAAUUUUGAAAAAUUCGGAGAAAAAUCGAUCGAAUAUCGAUUUAUCUAAUCAAAACAUGAACUUCUCACGAAUUUGGUGCGUAAUCUUCGUGAUAGCGGCUGCGUGCACUUGCGGUGUACGCACGGAAUGCGGUGAAUCCGCACAAAUUUCGCUUCUAACGAGCGUGCACAACGAUGCAUCGUGCACGAAGCUAUCGACGAAAGGCGUUUUACUCUACGAGGCCGCCAAGCUUAUCGCUGAGAUUCACAAUAAUAAAACCGAUGGAUACAAAAUCGGAAUUACUGUUUUCGAUACUUGCGGAAGUAUAACGGGCGCUUUGAAAGCGGUGAUGAAGGCUCUCGUAUGGGCGAAUGUCAACUGUUUGCACCCACCUCAUUAUCUAGGUAUUAUCGGACCGGAUUCUAUGACAAAUGCUGAAGCAGUACACAAAGUGACUUCGAUAUUAAAAGUGUCGCAUAUCGUCCGGAAACCAUCGAUUUCUCCAUAUUUACAUCAUUUGACGGAGGAAUCAAAUUCCUAUCUAAUACAGGGAGUCUUGAGAAUGAUAGAAAUCUUAAAGUGGAAGUCCUUCACAUUAGUAGCUAACGUUAAUGACGAAAACGACGAUGACGUACAAAAUAUUGCAAAAAAACUAACAAUAAAUUCUAUUGCCAAGAAUUUGUGCGUCAUAGUUCAUGAUAACGACGAGGAAGAUUAUACUUCUCACAUCGUACAUAUUGGAAAACCAAGAAAGAAGUUUUUCAAUGAGUCUACCAACGCAACUAUACUAAUUAUCAGCGACGGAAAUCUGAAAGAUUACUUGAAUUCCAUAAAAUCAACUAACACUAUACUGCUUUUGGAAGAUUCUAGUUAUAGCAAAAACAGGAAAUGUAAGAAUCAAAUAAACCCUCUGGAUUGGAAUCACAUGGUAUCGAAUAUGUUAUUGACACACAACACGGAAUCGCAGAAAGCAUCGAGAUCUCUCGAUCUGUCUGUAAAGACGAGCACAAGUAAUCUAAAGCGCCUAGGUAGCGUGAUCAUUCGCCAGAAUAGGGCGAAAGUUUAUUGGGGUGAUGGCAAAUGGGACGAAAAGGAGAAAAGCUAUGUGGAAGAAAACGAAAAAAGCCAUGCAACGUCAGAGAGCGACGACGAGGACAUGCCAUAUACGUUCAGGGGAUUCCUGAAUCGAGAGAAUGAACCGUUAACAGAAUGCGCCACGACCGUCAAGGAGAUCAAGAAGCUACACGAGAAGGAUAGCGAGACAAUCUUAGUUUCGGGAAUGGACGAUAACGAGUGGUGGACAAUGGUGUACACGGUAAGCGGCGUGGGAAUAGCGAUGUUCCUGGUGGGAAUCUUCGCGGUCUACAUUGUCUACGCGAACAUAAACGGACCGAGAUGUUCUAAGAGUAAAGAUUAUUCGGAUAGAGACACCAGCCUGAGGAGAAUGGGAAGCGACAGGGAGUUACCUACGACCAUAACUACCCGCAACCAGCGAACAUCGCGUAUGCCGCAAAGGACGGGCAGCGGAAGGAGUACCGUAUCCGAGAAAAGCGUUUAACUUGAGAGCAUCGAAACUAAUGAACCAUAUAAAAAUUAGAUGAAGCAAACGUUCUGAAUAAAAGAUAGAAAUCUGCUUUAAAAUAACAAUACGAAGCAAAAGUAGUUAUUAAUGUAUAUAGUUAUUAUAUUUCUUCAACAAGUUUCUCAAUCAUAUUAUCUCGAUAAAUAUCUCUCGAUAUUUGAUACCGUUUUUGGUAUUAUUUAUAUUAUCCAGUAGUAAUCAUAAAUUAGAUGGUAUUAUAUAUUACUGCUAAAAUCUUUAUUUGUGCCAUAACAUAAAAUCUUAUAUAUAUAUAUAGUUAUAUGUAUAAUUUAGACUUCUUGAUAGUUAAAAAUUUUGAUAUUAUUAUUUGGUAUUAUUUAUAUGAUCCAGUAAUUAUAAAUUAGAUAAUAUUAUAUAUUACUACUAUUUCUCAUAAAAUAAUGAAGUUAAUUACGAUGUAUGUUUAGAUAAUCAACGACAUAUGUAUAACUUUCAAGUAUGAAAGCGUAUGAUAACCUUAUCUCUCAAUAAUAAAUUAUUUUUUAUAAUUAGUAUUUUAGUAUUUUAUAAUUUUCACUUGUGUAUAUUAUUUUAAUCGUUAAAUAAAUGUAGCAUACUACCAUGUAUUGUGUGUUAUAAAUCA